AGGCAGUAAAUGCAAUGAUAGAGAUGUGCACAAUAUAUUACAGAAGUUCAGAGGAGGCAAGCCUAAUGCAACCUUGGGAAGAUAUGGGAUUUUUGGUCUGGGAUGGCUCCCAGGAGGAGAAGAUGAUCAAGCUGAGAUAGGUAUUAAUUGGGUGGAGAGGAGGGAAAAAGCAUUCCAAGACAGCAGGACAGUAUGAGCAAUUCAUGAGGUCGAGAAAACUGUAAACAGGAAACCUAUAACAAGUUGUUAAAUAUUAAAAUAAGAAGCAAAUAUUAUAAAAGACAAGGCUAACGAGGUAGGCAGAGUCCAGCAAGGCCUCCUGUGUCAUAUCAGGGAGGUAUGAAUAUGUUUUGAUGUGAUGGGAAGCCACUGAAGGCUUUUAAGCAGGACAGGCUAUCUGAAAAGAGGUUAGAGGAUGGUAACAGGAGGCUAUCACUGUUAUUUAGAAAAGAUGAACUUCUGAAAAGGAGGUUGAGAUAGCACGAUACCAGCUGGAAUCAAAGGAGGAGAGGAAAGCAAACAAUAUUGAGUUGAUGCAAUCUGUAGGAAUUGGUAAUGGAUUAGAUACGGGAGGUGGAGUGAGAGAUGGGAGGAGUCACGAUCACAUACACCCAGGAAACUGGUUUGAGCGCAGAGAGGUGGUGAGCUGAAUCCGAAGGUCACAAAAACUAUACCUCAGGGAAUAUGGUGAUGGUUGCAAGAGGCAUCUGGUAUUGUCCUUCUGCCACUGUCUUAAAAGGGAUUCUAAAGGGAUUUUCUUUCCCUUGUUCCUCCAGCCCUACACUUGCAUUACUGGCCUAAGUGGAUACUCACCAGCUGGCCGUGUCCAUCAUUACAGCCAAGUCUGAGAAUUCCUGAUUAUACUUAGAGCCUGUGGAGCUGCUGACACAAACAGUCAUUAGCAGUCGACCCUUUUGUAACAAACUAUGCUUUAAAAUGUAAACUGUGGGGGCAUUUUCCUUGCAUUGUCCAGAAGGAACUUUCUCCUGCCUGAGCCUGGAUUAAUCAUGAGAGAGCUCGUCAACAUUCCACUGGUACAUAUUCUUACUUUGGUUGCCUUCAGCGGGACUGAGAAACUUCCAAAAGCUCCUGUCAUCACCACUCCUCUUGAAACAGUGGAUGCCUUAGUUGAAGAAGUGGCUACUUUCAUGUGUGCAGUGGAAUCCUAUCCCCAGCCUGAAAUUUCCUGGACUAAAAAUAAAAUUCUCAUUAAGCUCUUUGAUACCCGGUACAGCAUUCGGGAGAACGGACAGCUCCUCACCAUCCUGAGUGUGGAAGACAGCGAUGAUGGCAUCUACUGCUGCAUAGCCAACAAUGGUGUGGGAGGAGCUGCUGAGAGUUGUGGAGCCCUGCAAGUGAAGAUGAAACCUAAAAUAACUCGUCCUCCCAUAAAUGUAAAGAUAACAGAAGGAUUAAAGGCAGUUCUACCAUGUACUACAAUGGGCAAUCCCAAACCAUCAGUGACAUGGAUUAAGGGGGACCAUGCACUCAGGGAAAAUGCCCGCAUUGCAGUUCUUGAAUCUGGGAGUUUAAGGAUUCAUAAUGUGCAAAAGGAAGAUGCAGGACAUUAUCGAUGUGUGGCAAAAAACAGCCUCGGGACGGCAUAUUCCAAAUUGGUGAAGCUGGAAGUUGAGGAAGAAAGUGAACUUGAGCAAGAUACUAAAGUUUUUGCCAGAAUCCUGCGGGCUCCUGAAUCCCACAAUGUCACCUUCGGCUCCUUUGUGACCCUGCGCUGUACAGCAACAGGCAUCCCUGUCCCCACCAUCACCUGGAUUGAAAACGGAAAUGCCGUUUCUUCUGGGUCCAUUCAAGAAAGUGUGAAAGACCGAGUGAUUGAUUCAAGACUACAGCUAUUCAUCACCAAGCCAGGCCUCUAUACGUGCAUAGCUACUAAUAAGCAUGGAGAGAAAUUCAGUACUGCAAAGGCUGCAGCCACCAUCAGUAUAGCAGAAUGGAGUAAACCACAGAAAGAUAACAAAGGCUACUGCGCCCAGUACAGAGGGGAGGUGUGUAAUGCUGUCCUGGCAAAAGAUGCUCUUGUUUUCUUCAACAACUCCUACGCAGACCCUGAGGAGGCUCAAGAGCUACUGGUCCACAGCGCCUGGAAUGAACUGAACACAGUGAGCCCGUUCUGCCGGCCAGCUGCUGAGGCUUUGCUGUGUAACCACAUCUUCCAAGAAUGCAACCCUGGAGUAGUACCUACUCCUAUACCCAUUUGCAGAGAAUACUGCCUGGCAGUAAAGGAGCUCUUCUGUGCAAAAGAAUGGCUGGAGAUGGAAGAAAAGACCCACAGAGGACUCUACAGAUCUGGGAUGCAUCUGCUCUCAGUGCCAGAAUGCAACAAGCUUCCCAGCAUGCACUGGGACCCCAUGGCCUGUACCAGACUGCCAUAUUUAGAUUAUAAAAAAGAAAACCUAACAACAUUCCCGCCCAUGCCGUCCUCAAAGCCGAGUGUGGACAUUCCAGAUUUGCCUUCCUCCUCCUCUUCCUCCUUCGCUGUCUCACCUACAUACUCCAUGACUGUAAUAAUUUCCAUCAUGUCCAGCUUUGCGAUAUUUGUGCUUCUUACCAUAACUACUCUUUACUGCUGCCGAAGACGAAAACAAUGGAAAAAUAAGAAAAGAGAAUCAGCAGCAGUAACCCUCACUACUCUUCCUUCUGAGCUCUUGCUAGACAGACUUCAUCCCAACCCCAUGUACCAGAGGAUGCCACUCCUUCUGAAUCCCAAAUUGCUCAGUCUGGAGUAUCCAAGGAAUAACAUUGAAUAUGUGAGAGAUAUCGGAGAGGGAGCAUUCGGGAGGGUCUUUCAAGCAAGGGCUCCAGGCUUACUUCCCUAUGAACCUUUCACCAUGGUGGCAGUGAAGAUGCUCAAGGAGGAAGCCUCAGCAGACAUGCAGGCCGACUUCCAGAGGGAGGCAGCCCUCAUGGCAGAAUUUGAUAACCCGAACAUUGUGAAACUCUUAGGCGUGUGUGCUGUCGGGAAGCCGAUGUGCCUGCUCUUUGAAUACAUGGCCUACGGGGACCUCAACGAGUUCCUCCGCAGCAUGUCUCCUCAUAGCGUGUGCAGCCUCAGCCACAGCGACCUGUCCACGAGGGCUCAGGUCUCCAGCCCUGGACCCCCGCCCCUCUCCUGUGCCGAGCAGCUCUGCAUCGCCAGGCAGGUGGCAGCUGGCAUGGCUUACCUCUCAGAGCGCAAGUUUGUCCACCGGGAUUUAGCCACCAGGAACUGCCUGGUGGGUGAGAACAUGGUGGUGAAAAUUGCUGACUUUGGCCUCUCUAGAAACAUCUACUCAGCUGACUACUACAAAGCUAAUGAAAACGAUGCUAUCCCCAUCCGUUGGAUGCCACCUGAAUCCAUUUUCUAUAACCGCUACACCACAGAGUCUGAUGUGUGGGCCUACGGGGUGGUCCUGUGGGAGAUCUUCUCCUACGGCCUGCAGCCCUACUAUGGGAUGGCCCAUGAGGAGGUCAUUUACUAUGUGCGAGAUGGCAACAUCCUCUCCUGCCCUGAGAAUUGCCCCCUGGAGCUGUAUAAUCUAAUGCGGCUGUGUUGGAGCAAGCUACCUGCAGACAGACCCAGUUUCACCAGUAUUCACCGAAUUCUGGAACGCAUGUGUGAGAGGGCAGAGGGAACUGUGAGUGUCUAGGGUCAAAGAUGUGCCAAUAGACUCUCUGAGCCAGAGGAAUCCAAUGCCACAGGCCCAAGAAGACACAGAUAGGAAAGACUAAUAGUAGACACGAGUAGCAUGUUGUUUGUUUCUUGAGAGAAACAAAGACAGUGCAGACCUCAUAUAGUAGACCAAUCUAUUGAAAGUUGAUGAUUGCGAAUGCAGGCUAGGAAUUGUGUCAGAUAACCAGAGAUAACUAUUCCUCGCGGGGAAAGUUUGUAUUACAUAUUGUACAGGAAAGAAUGUCAUCCUGUUCAGUUCCAGAAUUAGCUGGCAGUGGAGUAAGACUCUGCUGUAUGAAAUUUUAAUAUGAAAUAUAAUUCGGAGCUUCAUUUUCAGUAGAGUUAAUUCCUGUCCAUUAUGAAAGUAGUAUAUCUUCCUGUAAGAAAUUUAGGUAAAGUUCAGAAAACUAGAAAGAAGGAAAAAACCAUUCAUUCUCCCCACCCAAAGAUGGGUGUUAGUUUCUUAUUGAAUUUCUUUCUUGCAUUAAAUGCAUACUUUUCUAUUUGUUUGUAUGCUACAGAGUUGUGGUUUACUUUAUUGAUAGAGGGUGCCUAAGGAAUAAAAUGACAAAUCUGCAAGGCUCUAUUCUUAGUGUGAUUUUUAGUUCCCUUUUCUGUCGCUGACUCCUUCUCUAGGAGUGUUUCCUUUGUGUGCACUUGUCAAGAAUUUAAUCUGCUUAUUUUAUUCCCAUAGUUUUUUCUGAAAAAGAGUUUUUGUGUCUUAUUAAUUUUCCUCUUCCUUUGAAAAUUUUAUUGGUACCUUUUUAUUUGCUUUAAUCUUUAUUUCUUCUUCUUUCCAGGACUUCCUAUCUUUUUUCAGUUAUUUGGCUAUUUUUUUUCCUUUUAUUUCAUACAUACAGUAAACACCCUGGAAGAAAUAAUAACAUUCUAAAUAACCUUGUGGACUAGUAUGUAUAUGCCUUUACAAAGUAUUACUAUUUUUUUCUGUACCUGCUUUUGAGGCCACACAUUUCAAAUUUGUCAUCUCUAAUUUAAUUGCCACAGUCUAUUAAAUCUCUGAAACCAUGGUUUAUACCAUUGGAUUUCACAAGAUGCUCUUGUGGCUCUGAGUUAUUUCAAACCUGAUGUUUGAUGUUUGUGCGCGUUCUGAUAUUUUUUCCUUCUAGAAACCAAUUCGAUAGGCAGUAGGAUUAACAUAGUGUUGCUUACCAACUUUCUGCACGACUAUUAAACUAUCUUGUUACAUCUUUUGAUUCUUAAAAAAUAAAAUCCCUCUGGAACUCAGAUUCCUGGUACACAAGAUUUCUCAGUGGAGCCCCACACAAUAUAUCUUUAUCUAAGGCCAACAUCAAUGAUAGGAGUCUAUUCCUGAUAAAGGAUGGACCCAGAGUCUCCUGAAAAGCAAAUAAACAGGGAAGAGAAAAUAGCAGUCUACUCGAUACCAGCUUACUUUAAUUCAAACUAAUUGGUAGUUAGGGCAAUGGAGAAAUGGUCUGAAUUCUUGAGUAGAUUUUCAACGGUCUGCUGGAAGGCUCCACCUGAAUUCUCCAAAUCCACCUGCAUGCAACAACUUGUCAUCUUUGCUGGAAAAGCUGCCGUUUCUUGUUCACAGUCCCUCCAGGCAACCAAGACAAAAACAUAGAAAUUACCCUGGACUUUGCCUUCGCCUUCACCCCUGACAUUCUAUCAGUCUUGCUUUCUGAAAUGCUCCUGCUCUCUUUCCCUCCCCUUCAAUCUGCCUGCCCAUUAUUCACGCGCUAACACUACCUAAUUAUCUGUUAUCUACCCUCCCCACACUUAUCAGGCCAGAGCAGAUUCCACAAUGUAAGAAUGUGCUCAUUCACAGUUCUGAUUCAUAAAUAGAGAAGUAGAACUUUAGGAUUGAGACCUAACAAAGUGCUUUGAAGUCCUGGUUGUAAGUCCAAAAUUGAGACGGUCAUCCAAAGGGCUAGAUGAAGGAAAAAGCUUGAAGCAUGAGUCCCAAACAGAAGGCCAAGAGGCCAACAAGGCAGAAAAAUUGGAGAGGACCACCAACAAGUCUAGAACUUUCAUGCAGAUAUCCAUGGCAUACUUCAAAUGGUUCACAUACGUGGGUCACAUAUGCUCUGCCAACUUCAAAGAUGUCCUCAGGUUUCCUCAGCUGAUAGAGUUUAUGGAUAAAAGCAAGCCAUGGAAGUCAGGCCAACUGGAAAAGCUACCCCACAGGAAAGCAGGAUAGAGACAGUUACUUGGAGAACCCACCAUGUGGCUUGUACUGCAGGUACCGUGUUGUCCCUCAGAACCAGGUUUCCAUCGCGCCAGUUCUGUUGCCCGCCGCUUUGAGCUGGUCUCUGUCUCCCUCCCCACAGCUGAAUAACUGCCCUUACUUCCCUGUCUCUCCCGCGCGGCUUCUACAGCCUCAUGGAUGCUCAGUCUGUGUAUUUUUUUUAGGCUUUGCUAUUCAAGAUCCCAAAGGAAAAAUAAUCAUAGAGAUAUAGGUAAAUAUAGUGAGUGAGUGAGCAAGUAAAUAUUAUGGAAACCAUUCAAUUUCAUUAAAUAUUUAAAGUAACUGAAAACUAAAAUAAGUAGAACUCCCAUUAUAGUAAUGGUAGUAUAAAAAUAAUACUAUCAGCUAGCAUUCGUUGAAGGCUUACUGUGUAUAUUCUAAGGCCUCUAAAGAUAUUACAUUAAACCACUCAACAUAGCUGUGAUGUCAGUACUAUCAUUAUGCCCACUUUUUAGGUGAGGAAACAGGCACAGAGAGAUUGUGUAACUGGCCCAAACACACACAGCAACAGAGUCUCGUUUAUGACCUGAAGAGGCUUGGCUCUCAACCACAAUAACAUGUGCUUCAGUUCAUCAGCGAGCAAAUAACUGACCUUUGAAGACUGUGUGGAGGUGAUUUGCAAUUUGCAUGCAGUUUCAAAGCACCCACUAUACCCCUUUACUACUAAUUCCUUCCCAAGUCUUUUUAUUGAAUAGCAAAAAAGUCUAUUUUAGCGUUGUCAGUUUCAUCAAAAACUCAACGAGGUGGCAGGUUUAAGUUAUUCAUUAGCUCUAAGUGCACUUUUAAAUUUAUGUCACGAUCACAAUCUUAUUUUCUCAGUGCUCACCCCAAGGUUCUGGAGCUCAGGAACACGGACUGUUAUUUACCAGUAUUGUCUUCUUUUUUAAAUAAAGAUUGUUUUCCCACUGUAGAAUCAUUGUACAAAUUCAAAGCAGGAGACAAGAGAGACACUUAUAGUGCCAUUGUUACUAACUGUCAGGACAGGCGUCCGUGAGGCACCAAGUCAUUUAAAUGGUCACAUAUCAAACAUGAUAAGAGGAACAGAGUAUAGCACAUGGUGUCAAAAAACCCACUCCCUGGUAUUGCAAUAGAGCAGGAAAAGAACACUUCUUUCCACUUUGUAGUAUAUCAUGAACCUGUUCCAUGUCACUAAAUAUUCUUCUGAAAGUCCAAUUUGAUUUCUGAAAGAUAUUCCAUUGUAUGGAUGUAUCAUCAUUUAGUCUCGUAUUUUUUAACACGAGUUUUUUCUAAUUUUCACUAUUACAAACAAUACUGUAAUAGUCAUCCUUACAUCACAUGUCCAUAAUUAUCUCUUUAUGGAAAUUCUGAGUAGGGAAUGUCUGGGCCAAAUGGCAUGCAGAACAUUAAGGCUUUUAUUAUGUAUUGUCACAUUCUCUAGAAAUAGUUCCCAUCUCUGCAUUGUACAAGAGAUCCCAUAGCCCUACACAUUUGCUGUCGUAGAGAAUUAAUUCUCUAUUUUUUAGAAGCCUUUUGUCUAUUUGGUUAUAGAAAAAGAUUAUCUCAUUUUGAUUUUAUUUUUUAAAUUACUAGUGAGGUUGAAUUUUUCUUGUUCCUAGGUCAUUUAUUGUUUGUA